CCUGAACUCUUCCAACAACCAUAUCUCUUUGAGAGAGACAAGGUCGCCGUCCGUCCGAGUGUUCAAGGUUAAAAAAAAAAGAAGUCUGCAACAGAAUGGCGCCGCAGGUCCGGAACCCCCGGCCGAGGCCCGUCAAGUCAAUCAACGACUCCGACGCGCUCGACGGCCUCCCAGUGACAAAAUGGGAGCAGACCCGGGUCACGAUCAACCAGGACGUGGCCACCGACCAAGCGGAUGGAAACAUCCAGACAACCGAGCAGGAGGACAGCGCGUUUCCCUGGCCUCCGCACCCUCUACCGACCUUCGCCCCACAAAUUCCACAAUGGAAUCAGGGCAUGCUUGGGAUUACAAGAAUGGGCAAUACCAACGCCAAACUAUCAAUUUGGGACCACAAAACCCAAGAGUGGAUCCCUGGCAUCGAAUUGGAGCGACGUGAGGCUGCGAGAAAAGCUCAACUAGAGAAAGCCAAACACAGCUCAGCUACCAAUGUCGACGCAUCGAACGUUGAUGACGAAGAAGACAAGAAUGACGAAGACAAUGACGAUCUCAUGGACGUCGAAGGUCUAGCACCGGAUCCAAAACGCCGCAAAGCAACAUCUGGCUCCAACCAACGAACUUUUGAAAUCAAGAAAUGGGUCCAGGUGCCGGCUGCUUUGGCCGAGAAGAUACCAGAACCAAAAUACCUUGCAGACCGCCGACCCGGAAUGCCGAGUCUCUACAAAGGCGCAUACCGACCCAACAGCGCAGUCGAAACAUACGGAGACAUCGUUGCUGCUGCCAUGAGUGGUGGAGCAACAGGCUACGAUCUUAGUGCUGUUGGUGGACUCGAAGCUGCAAGAGCACUUCUUGUUCCCGGAUCUGGAAGCGCUGCUCUGAACACACAACCAGAUGGCUCAUCUACGCCAGUCCGAAAGAACAUGCCUCCGAGACGCAAGAAGAAGAAGCUUGGUGGACCUGGGAGGAAGCCUAAGAAUCCGAAUCCCGAAUCUGCUACUGCUACUUCUGCUGCCGGUAACGCAGCGUUGGAGAACGUCGCUGCCGAAGACACCGCCGCAGCAAGCACUGUCGAGGGAGACGUGACCAUGAGAAACACACCCGAAACAGCUAUCGAAGGCGCAGACAAUACAGACGGAACGCCCGCUAUCCAAAGCGAGGCAAAUGUGCAGGGCGCAGACGCAGAAGGCUCUGGACUAGAGAGCGAAGGAGAAGGAAGUGAGGAAGGAGAGAUCGCGAGUGCCAUCGACCCUGACCUUGCUGAAGAUACCCCUGUCAUCGAUCCCACUCUCACAGACAACACCUCUUUCAUCGACCCCGCCCUCACUGAUAACACCAUGGCCAUGCAAAUCACUCCCAGUCCAGUGGAGGAUACUGCCGAGCCUGAAGAAGACGGUGCUCCUGAAGAAGACAAGAUGGAAGACACCGAAGAGAAAGUGGUUGCAGCAGCAAAUCCUGCUGACAGCCCUGCGAAAACCAAACACGAGGCCGACGCGGAUGCAGAUGCUGAUGCCGACGCCAUCUCUACCCCUGUCAUUGAACAGGAGGACAAGAAAGAACAAGAAGGUGGAGGUGAUGAUGAAAUGGACGUGCUCGGUGCAGUUGAAGCUGCAAUGAACAAGGAGGCUGGCGAGGAGGACGCCUAAAGGUGGCUCAAACACGAAACUUCCACAAAAACAGGGUGGCUCAAACACGGUGCUGUCACGAGUAACACAGGAAAGCUUGAAGAAAAGGCUGAAACGCACGAGAACAGGAAAUAGCUUGAAGGAGAUCCCGCAACAAGCGAGACUAGGACAGCCUGAACAUAAUGCUGCCAAUCAGAGAGACACCAGAGAGUGCAACUCUCAUUCAAUCAAUAUUGAUUUUUAC